AUGGCCAUUCACAUUCAUGCACCUCGUAACGGUAGUAUUCACGCCGGUAGGAGUCAACAGAUUGGCAACAUCUUCGAGCGUCGCGACCAGGCUCUUCAGCAGUGUAGCAUUAUCAAAGCAAUGGGAUGUCAAGACGAGCUGAAGUUACUGAUAUGCGAGGCUAGCUUUGAGCUCUUUCGGCGCAUCGUCCCUAUACUGCAUGGCGGUGUGUCCUUGCCCAACGAUUUGCAUUCGCGACUGCAUCCUGAGUCCCUCUACUUCAAAGUCCUGUGGACGGGGGAUGGCGAGGUGCUUUUUGAGGCGCGGGAUCUCCAGCCUCAAGACGCAGACACACAAUUUGACUUGUGUGGGUGCAAUAAGAGACAACGUAGAUCGCCAGACUUACCUGAUUUGCACUUUAUUCCUGAUCUUGACACCGUCCCCGAUACAUUCACUUGCUUCGACAGUGAGGUAAACGUUUUGGAAAGAUUCGCGUAA